UGCACGAGAGUCCUUUGUAGAGAGAGAGUUUAAGAGUUUUUCAGCUAACUUAUUAAAGGUUUCUUUUUUUACUUUGUAUCGUUUGACAAAGCUAAAUCGUUAAGUUCUUGUUCAAGUCGUUAAACCGGAUUUUUUUUUCGCAAUGCCACUGCCCAGCACAGUUUCUAUGAGAAAGGGCUCCACUGUUCAGAAGGUAACUUUACCUGGUGCCAAGUCAACUAAAGCUUCAAGUAAGAAAAAGGAUGAGGAAGAGGGUGUGGAUACAGCUGAUGGAUGGGAGGAGUGGUCUCAUGGGAAAGCACUUAUUAAACCUCCAGAUCAACUGGAGCUCACUGAGGCUGAGCUGAAAGAGGAAAUAACAAGGAUCCUGACUGCAAACAACCCACACGCCCCACAAAAUAUUGUCCGCUACAGCUUCAAGGAACGUUCCUACAAGCCUACAAGUGUUGUGGAUCAGAUGGCCGUUCACUUUGUGUUGGAGGGCAGCCUCCUGCAUCAAGACUCUGAUGAGGCUCGUAGACUGAGGGCCAAAGAGGGUCUCUCUGAGGAGACUACAACUGUCGAUACUGGAGCAGAGCCUAAUGAGGAAAAACCAGAAACCCCGGCAACACCUGUAGAGGAUGGAGGGGAAGUGGAGGAAGCUGGAGAAGAGGACAGACCAGACAGCGUUGUCUCCAAAACUGACAGGAAGGAGCCAAAAGCUACAAACCAGUUCAACUUCAGUGAAAGGGCCUCCCAGACCCUCAAUAAUCCACUGAGGGAAAGAAGCUGCCAGACCGAACCUCCUCCACGCAGCAUCUUCUCUGCCACCGCUAAUCAAUGGGAAAUCUAUGAUGCGUAUGUGGAGGAGCUGCAGAAACAAGAAAAAAAUAAGGAGAAGCAGAAAGCUGUGGUGUCAAAGAAAGAGAAUGACAAAAGCAAGAAGAAGAUGAUGCUGACGGAGACCCAGAAUGACGACAUCACCAAAGUGGGAAAGGCGUCCAAGAUCUUUGAACGAAUGGUCAAUCAGAAUACUUUUGAUGACAUAGCACAAGAUUUCAAAUACUUUGAGGAUGCUUCUGAUGAGUUCAGGGACCAGGAGGGCACCCUCCUCCCUUUGUGGAAGUUUCAAUAUGACAAAGCCAAACGACUGUCUGUCACUACCCUCUGCUGGAAUAAGAAAUAUCAGGACCUGUUUGCUGUGGGAAUGGGAUCAUAUGACUUCAGUAAGCAGGGGCGUGGCAUGCUCGUCUACUACUCAUUGAAGAACUCUGCCUUCCCAGAGUACAUCUACCCCACCGAUUCUGGCGUCAUGUGCCUCGACAUCCAUGAGCAGCAUUCCUACCUGGUAGCGGUAGGCUUCUAUGAUGGCUGUGUGGCUGUCUACAACUUGAAGGAGGAGGGACUGGAGCCUGUGUAUAAAAGUACAGCUAAAACCGGCAAGCACACGGAUCCCGUCUGGCAGGUGCGCUGGCAGAAGGAUGACAUGGACAAUAAUCACAAUUUCUAUUCUGUAUCAUCUGAUGGCCGAGUUGUGUCCUGGACACUCGUCAAGAAUGAGCUGGUCUUUACAGACAUUAUCAGACUGUCACUAAAUGGAGCCAUCUCUGAGGGGCCAGAAGGUGCACAGCAGCUUGGCACUGCCUGCGGUACAUCGUUUGACUUCCACAAACAGAUCGACUUUCUCUUCCUAGUUGGCACCGAGGAGGGGAAAAUACACAAAUGCUCCAAGACAUACUCAAGCCAGUUCCUGGAGACCUACAGUGCCCACAGCAUGGCAGUGGAUGCAGUAAAGUGGAACCACUUCCACCCAAAGGUUUUCAUCUCCUGCAGUUCAGACUGGACUGUCAAGAUCUGGGACCAUACCAUCAACACUCCCAUGUUCACCUUCGAUCUGAAUGCAGCUGUUGGUGAUGUUGCGUGGUCUCCAUACUCCUCCACUGUAUUCGCUGCUGUCACAACAGAUGGAACAGUUCAUGUCUUUGACCUCAGCGUCAACAAAUAUGAGGCUAUCUGCCAGCAGCCAGUGGUGGCCAAAAAGAAGACCAGGCUGACUCACAUUGAGUUUAAUCCCAUCUAUCCUAUCAUCGUAGUGGGUGAUGACCGAGGCUAUGUCAGCAGCCUCAAACUCUCCCCUAACCUCCGUAAAAAACCCAAGGGCAAGAAGGGUCAAGAGCUGCCUAAGGGUCCAGAAGUGGAAGUAGCCAAGAUGGAGAAGCUCCUCAGUCUGCUGAGGGAACCAGAGCAAAGCGCAGUUUAACGUUGGCUUGCCAACACAGC